GAGACGUCGGAAUUGCCAACAGUCGCGCGCUGAGCAGAGAAUCUCGAGACGCGGCGGCGGUUCAGUCAGCAGACAAAAAAAAUAAAUAUAAUAAAAAUAAAAAAUAACGAAGAAAAUUUUUUUUUUUUUGAAAAAACGAGCGAUUUCAGAACAGAUCCUUCUACACGAGUGGUCAUUUUUUAUGUUUAGUUGUAGAAAAAUACGCCUAGGGUUUUAGUAUUAUUAUUUUUUUAUUUUCUUUAGCGGACGGGAGGCGAUUUUUUUCUUUAUUUUAUAUAUAUAUCUCUCUAUAUAUAUAUUCUAAAGUUUAAUUUCAUCUAAAAAGGUUAACGUCCUCCGAUGUUGAAGCAACAGCCGAGCGUUGGCGGCCGAAAAGCCGCUAACGGGACCACCGUCACGGCGGGAUCGACAUCCUCCGCUAGCACCGGGAGCAGCAGCAGCCGGCCGGCCGCUGGAAGGGGCAGAAACUCUGGCAAGGGCCCCCCCCAGUCCUCUCCAGUCUUUGAGGGAGUUUACAACAACUCCAGAAUGCUGCACUUUCUUACUGCUGUAGUGGGCUCCACGUGUGAUGUUAGUGUGAAGAAUGGCAGUGUUUACGAGGGGAUAUUUAAAACUCUCAGCUCCAAGUGUGAGCUGGCAGUGGACGCAGUUCACAAGAAGCCCUCUGAGCAGGUCUCUCCGGGGGGGGUGGGGUCGGGGGUGCCCCCCAAGAGAGAGGACAUCGUGGACACCAUGAUCUUCAAACCCACGGACCUGGUCACCAUGCACUUCAAAAAUGUGGACCUGAACUACGCAGCCAAAGACAAGUUCACAGACUCUGCUAUCAGCGGCUCCAAAGUGAACGGGGAUCACAAGGAGAAGGUGCUGCAGCGCUGGGAGGGCGGAGACAGCAACGGGGAAAGCUACGACCUGGAGAGUGACGCGGUAAACAACGCUGGAGACGAGAUUCCUAUUGCACAGCACUGUCACCCAUUCCAGGUUUCACUGCCAGCUUGGGAGGGUAAAUACAUCCCGCUGCCUCAGCGUGCCCGGGAGAGCGGGGGGGUCCGGGGGGGUGUGAGGGGAGGCUCCCCGUCCCCAAGGGGUUCUCUGAGCAGCAGGACAGCCCUGCCACCCCGGUCAGGCUCGGCUCACCCCUCCUCCCUGACUGACACCAACCAGGCCUCACGUGGCUCCUACACCGGCCACCCCCAUCACCACCACCACCACCACCACGCUUCGGGCUUCCAAUCCCACCACGGCGAGCCGCGUGGGGCCACGGACCCAGCCGCCAGCCCCAGCCUCCGUGGCUCUGCAGUGGAAAGUGGAGCUGGUGCUACCCCUCUCUCGGUGGCUGGCAGCCCCUCGGACCUGCCCCCCCUCUCCGGUGCCCCCAGCACAGAGACCGUGGCUCCCCAGUCCACGGGACAGCUACAGAGUAACCAGUCCUCCACUGGGAACACCGCAGGCAGCCCGGGAGGGCAGGAGCAGCAGAGAGUACUGAAUGGAGGUGCCUCUCGAAUGUCUCCCAAGAGCCAGAGGGUUGCCAGUAGAACCAUCAAGCCCACCCCCAGCCCGACCGGAGCCGUCACCAGCGCAGGUGUGGCUCGUGCUUCCUUUACCCCGAAGUCUGGCGGCUCCUCCCAGGAUUCACCUUCGACCCCUCCCUACCUUGACAACACUCCCGUCUCCACGGCAACCAGCAAGCCCUCUGGCCCAGCCCCCACCUUCAAUGUUGACGUUAACGAAAUUAUCAAUUCUGGAGGCAGCGACCGAGCUCUGGAAAGCCCUGGAAAUGCCGUUGAACCUGCAAAGCUCUGUGUGAAAGUCCCGACGGAGCACCAGCGGAACCAGCUGGAAGAGCUCAGGAAAUUCGGCAAAGAAUUCCGUCUGCAGUCCAGCGGUGGCGCUGUGGAUCCUGAGCCUGGCUCGAAGGACGUUGGCAGUGGUUCUGCUGACCCGAAGCAGCAGAGGGAGAGCUGCGGUUCUGUGGAGUCGGUACCGGUCCAGACAGCUGAUAAACAGCAGCAAUCUGACCCACAGGCAGAGUCAUCUGCAGACAGGCAAUCUCCAGGGACACCUGCAGCAGCCAGGACCCCGAGCGAGGGUGACGAGAGACCAGAAGGCCUGCCAGACCAAGUGAAGAAAUCCACACUGAACCCAAAUGCCAAGGAGUUCAACCCCAACAAAACCAUCCUCCCUGUGUCGAAGCAGACAAGCACUCCAACUCCCCCUCGACCCCAAACUCUGCCCAGCCCCUCGAUCACUGUCCUGCCCCCCCAAAACCAGGGAGGCAUCUACAACCCCCCCUACAUCUCCAAUGUCUACCAGAUUCACAUGGGACCUGCGGUACAGGGUCCCCAGAUGUACCAGUACACCGUGUCUGCAAUGAGUCAGGGGAAAUACCAACGAGCCAAAGGCUCCAUGGGUCCUCAGCGCUCUGAUCAGCACCACACAGCCUCUGCCCCGCCCAUGAUGCAGGCAACCACAGCAGCAGGGCCCCCCCUGGUGGCGACGUCUCCCUACCCCUCCUCCUACCUCCAGUACCCCCAGCAAUACGCCGGGCAGCAGGCAGUGAUGCAGGCCAUCCAGCACUACCAGUCUCAGCCGAUGUACCCCAUGCUCCAGGGAGGGAACCCCCGCAUGCUGACGUCAGGUGGCCACCCCCAAACCCUCGUGUCCUCCAGCACCCCGCAGUACCCCUCUGCAGACCAGGCCAUGUACGCCACAGUCCCACAGCCUUACCCUCACCACAGCAACCCCCUGCACCCACACCAGCCCCAGCCAGCCAGCACCCCCACUGGAAACCAGCAAGGGGGCCAGCACCCAGCUCCCAGCCCAGUGCAGCACCAGCCUGGCCUGGGUUCAGGGCAGCCCCCCCAGCAGGGUCUGUAUCACACGGGGGCUCUGACCCCCACACCCCCCUCCAUCACCCCCGGACCCAACUCCCAGUCCCCCCAGAGCGGCUACAGCCAGCAGCAGGUCUAUGCCAUCCACACACAGCUGCAGCACGGCUACCCCGGCCUGGGGCAACUAACGCAGGCUCAUGUUCAGGGCGCUCUCUCCCAGGGUCAUCCUCACCCCAACGGCUCCCAUGGGCCCCCCCAGGUCAUGCUGCUCCACGCUCCCCCUCAGCAAGGGCACGGGGGCCCCCCAAACCACCCCAACCACCCCGGACAGGGGGGGCAACAGAGUGGCACGCACUACACCUACAUGCACCAGGUUCCAGUGCAGCCCCACCCCACACAGCAGCUGUCCUUCCACCCCCCUGGGAACUGAAGAGUUAAGAAGCGAGGGGCGGGGGCAGGGGGAGCGGUGGAGGGGAACUGACGAGGUGAACCCCCGCCCCUCCACAGCCUGCCUGCCUGCCCAGAGACCCACUUUAGGACCAGCCAGUCUCCAGAGAGAGAGAGGCUGGGAGACGGACUGCGCUGAGCUGUGAAACUUUUUCAAAGCAGUUUGAGACACCGACUUCUUAAAUAUUAUUUAUAAAGUUCAGACUCCCCCCUCCCCUCCCCUUUCCUAUCCUGCUCCGAUCACCCACCCCCUUCCCUUCCCUUCCUCUCCUCCUCCUCCUCCUCCUCCAGCGUGAACACUGCACCCCGGCCAUCAGACGACCGACAGACCGAAGGAAACCGACACACAAACUUGGGGUGGGGUCAGGGGAAGGACUUUUACUUUUUGUUUAUUAAAAAUAAGAAAUACAAAAAAUUACAAAAAAGGACAAAAAAAAUAAAAAAAUAUAUAAAAUAAGUUUUAAACUUACUAAAAACCCAAACUGAACUCUCACUGCUUUUUGUCUUUUUCAUCGUGAGUUUGUGGGGGGGUGGGGGAUGGAAUGGGUUGCCGAGGGUUACCGGGACACACUGUUGAUGCUGAAUCACAGGGAUCCUUUCAGAUCAAUCAGCUGCUAGGAACAGAGGUUCCCUGCAUAGCUGCUCAGGGGAUCAGAAGGUUCAGGGGCAUCCUCAGAUCGCACGACUGAGCCAGCUUCCUCUUCAGCACCCAGGAACUCCUGAGAGGAUGUCAGCCCCCUGGAAGACAAGCCCUGCAGCUGUCCUCUGUGAGCUCGCUGGGACCCUGGCCGGCAGGGGCCACUGUAGCGCGAUGAGGAGAAACAGACCCUGCUGGUUUUACCUCCCUAACCCACGUUCGCGCUGGAGCCAAUGAGACUCUCCCUUCAACCCCACACAGCAGCUGUCCCCAGGGAAGCUGUACGGUGAUUUUGCACAGCCAGGACCUGAACCCGCGCUGUAUGACUCCCCCCGUGGCCGUGCCGUUACCAGGUGAGCCACUCGGGACCCCAGAAUGAUUCAAUGCUGCCUCCUGUGUGAAAUUUUGCUUCGUUCCUGUGCUAAAGAAUGGCCAUAGAAAGGUGUUCUGUAUGUGAUAAUGUGCAGGAAUGCAGUGACAGAAUACGUGCAUAUAAGGAGAUCUCCUGUUUAAUUUAUUUUUUAUAAUUCAUAAUUAUUUUUUUCCCCCCAAAGUUUUGGCAUUGCUACAUCUCAAACCCUACCGAAUUCACACAAAUGUGAGUUUUAAAAUUUCAGGAGAAGUAGAUUUAAAAAAAAAAAAAAAAAAAAAAAAAAACACCAAUCAAUGAACCAAAAUAAAUGACUAGCAAGUUUCAUCGAAAUUGGAUAAACAGUAUUCCACAUUUAUAGAAAAAUGUGUGAUGGGUGACCUGCUGAUUAGAAGACUUAAUCUGCUAAGAAAUAAAUAAUAAUAAUAAUAACCAAGGAAUAUGUGUUAUCUAUUCAAAUAAUGCACAAUAUCUGGAGAGACAUUUGAUAGUUGUUUUAUAUUUGAAUCCAAUGCUCUACUUUUGCAUUUACAGUGCACAAUACAUUCUUAAUCUUCAUUUAAGUUUCUGGAGCGAUCCGCCGUAAUGCCGAUUCUUCCCAGUUCCGAAUGAGAGAGUGGUGGUGGGGGAUACAGUACUAGUUGUGGCCACCAGGUGUCGCCUGUGUGCUGAUUUAUGUGUUUGUAAUGACGACGCUUCAGAACACUCGGCAAGGUCUGCAUUCUUUCCGAGAACGCAGAGUGGAUAUUGUGUAGAAAGAAAUUUCAAGAAAGAGUAUUUUUCAUUUUUGUUUUAUUUAAAAACACAAAAGAAUAUACUGAAGUUUACUAGUAAAUACACCAUGAAUACGUAACCAAGAAUAAAACUUAUAUAAAAACAAAAAAAAAGAAAUGUUUAUACAGGACCGUUACAGUAAUAAUAAAAUUACAAAAAAAAAAAAAAUAAUAAUAACAACAUCAUUCUGUUAGAUAUAUUGAGA